AUGUCCUCAAAAACUCCCAAGGUGACCACCGCUUCCGACAUUGUCAAGUACUUCUGCAUCGAAGACGCCGAAGUUAAACUUAUAACCGACGUCGUACCAACUCUCAAUGACGCAGGGAUGCGGGCUGUGGCGUGGAGAUUUCGCAUGGGAUUCGGGCGCGCGGGGAGGCGUUCGGCCAUCCUCAUCAUGGUCAUAUACAUGGAGUGUUUGAAUAUGGAGCAGCUUUUGGCUGUUACACUCAGUAGGUUCCACCCCGAGUUUAUUGAAGAGGAGGAAGAAUUGGAAGCAGCUGCUGAAGCUCUUGACUCUCAAUUCUAUCCAGUAGUAUUAACCGUCGCCCCGACAUUUACGCAGGACACCCCAUAUAAGGACGGACGCCCAAAUCACGAUGCCCUCGCUGACGUUGUCCCAGAGUUAUCAAAUCAGGUCCGCGCAGGAAUGGAUAGAGUAAUUGCGAGAUCGAAGGAUAAUAUUUGGGCGUUGAAGGAUCCGACUGCUCGCCUGGGGAUACCAAGGGGAUACCUAUGUUAUUGGUCGCUGCCCCAGAAUUAG